AUGCCACAUAAACCACCUCCAAAAGAGAAACACCAUGUCUGGUGUUUUAACACAAUGGAAAAUCUCGCGUUCGCUGGUAAACCAGGACCUCUUUGGAUGGAUAAAUUUGAAUGGAUAAUGUCGUACCGUAGAAAUUCCGAUAUUUCCAGACCCUACGGAAUCAUCAAAAAACGUGAAAAACCUGUCCAAAGAGAUUAUUCACAAGUGUUUAAACAGAAGACCAAACUUGGUGUGUGGAUGUCUGGUCACUGUCCCGUGCCUUCUAAACGAAAACCUUACAUUCAGGAACUGAAAAAGUUUAUGGAGGUCGACAUGCACGGAUCCUGCGGGAUGGGCACCUGUGUCAAAAGAACGCCAUUCGUUACACAGUGUGUACGGAACUUCUCGAGGGAUUAUAAGUUUUAUUUUUCAUUUGAAAAUAAUAUAUGCCACGAUUACACGACUGAGAAAUUCUACAAUUUCUUCAGUACCGAAAAUUUGAACAUUGUUCCAGUGGUUAAUGGACCAUCGAUGGCGAGUGACUAUCUCCCUAAAGGCACAUUUAUAAAUGCUUUAGAUUUCCCUUCGCACAAAGACUUGGCUAAGAAGUUAAAAGAAAUAGGAUCCAAUGAAACUGCUUAUACACAAUUUCUGAAAGAAAAGGACAAAUAUUACGCUUUAACGGAACCAGAGGUGUUCCGAGAAGCAAUGUGCGAUAUAUGUGAGAAAAUACGUAGAGGUCAAAAAAUUCCCACGAGGGCAAAUUUCUGGGAAUUUCAUUAUAAAGAUAGUUGCUAA